AUACCUUACAAUCAAGAAGCGAGCACUAAGAAAUCAAAUUGAUUUAUACUAUCUCGUAAAACCGACAAUGGAUAUUGGAUAUUGGCGGUGAAUUCGGGCUCAAGAAAAUUGAGACCUUGUGGGUUGCUUCCAAGAUAAAAUGACGUCGUGUGACGCCAGAGAGGAGGAAGCGGAAGUGUUAAGAUCAAUUUUCGAUGAAGAAGAACUAUCAAUAUCAAAGAGUUACAAUCUAGAAUACAAGGUGGGUGAACAAGGAGCGACGUCUUCAUUCAUUGUACAAAUCCAUUGGCCUAUGGGUUAUCCUGAUGUUAUGCCUCGCAUUUCUAUGGAUUCUUUUUAUAACAAUCAUGUACCAUUAAAGGUUAAGGAAAUAAUCGUCAAAGAAUUGUUAUCCCUUGCAGAAGAUCAACUUGGCUCAGCCUUAACUUUCACACUGAUUGAAUAUCUAAAAGAAAAUUGUGAACGAUAUGUCAAAUUGUUCUCAAGUGAUAAAGUAGGAGAAUCACAAUCCAAUGCACCUACAAGUGAAACAAGUCAAACAUCUACGUCAAAUAAGUUUAACAAACAACCUCAGUUAUCUAAAGCACAAAAAAGAAAACAACAGGACAGAUUGGGUCAAAAUGGUGAAUUACCUAGAGGUUGGAAUUGGAUCAGCGUAAUAAAGCAUCUUCAGCAGACUGGAUCAGCAUCGUAAUAUGGAGAGACUUAUUUUCGUUACUUCGGUGUGUUUAGUGAUAAUUAAGUCCCAUUUUUACCAUAUAAUACAGUAAUUUUGUUGCGCUGACUGCAUAUACUAACAUAGCAUGUUCAAAAAUCUGAAUUAGUGAUGCUGUCAGUAAAUCGAAAGUAUGUUUUCAGUAUUACUAAAAAAGUGUAUAUAGAUUUCCGAAAUGCAAGCUGUAAAUCGUUUUAUCAAUGUACUCAUAACAAUUUGACUCUUAGUAUAUAUAAUUACAAAUAAGACCUUUCAUUAGUACAGAAUAUUGUUUUACUUUGUAAAAAUGACAGUGUUUAGUAAUUUUGAUUGGUAUAUGUAAUUAUAACAUAGUACAGUAACCUUGGUAACAUGUUCAGUGGUUUUUUGGACUGCUACUCUGAUCAAAUAUCCCAACUAUGUCGAAUACUGCUGGCUAUAAACCGAACCAUUUUUGUUCUUUGAUGCUGAAGCACUGUUUUGCUUCUAAAUUAAAGAUGAAUGUCUUAUAAGAUCAUUGUACG